AUGAAGUUUGGGCAGAACCUUCCGCGCAACCAAGUCCCGGAAUGGGCAUCGUCGUACAUCGACUACAAGGCGCUCAAGAAGCUCAUCAAGGCCGCGAAGAAGGAGAAGGAUCAGGAUGGGGACGAGCCAGACCUGGCUGAGUUCUUCUACACUCUUGACCGCCAGCUCGAGGAUGUAGAUACGUUCUACAACCGCAAGUACGCCGAGUUCUCGCGCCGAUUGCGACUCCUGUUCGAUCGAUAUGGCAUGGCUUCGAAGUUGAAAGAUGGCAUGGACCGCGAUGAUAUGGAUGACCUUAUGGGUGCUCUGCUUGAGCUUAGAGGGCAGUAUCGCAAGUUGCAGUGGUAUGGGGAGGUCAAUAGGAGGGGUUUUGUUAAGAUCACGAAGAAGUUGGACAAGAAGAUUGCGUCUUCUACAACACAGAGUCGAUACCUGGCUACCAAGGUCGAUCCGAAGCCAUUCGCAACGAACAACAAGUUGACGCUUGAUAUGCGCGCCAUAAACGAUUGGCUGUCUCAGUUGGGAGAGGUCAGAGUGGUUGACGAUGCCAGUUCAGUACACUCAGGAAGUUCUGGCUCCAUUCACCGCAUGGGAUCGCGAUCGACUCUCAAAAUACCUUCGGCGACGUUGGAAGCAUUGGAACAGGCGGUGAAAGACGAGGACAUCACAAAGCUGUUUGAGUUGGUCAACUUGGCCGCCCCAGGCAAUGGUGCUCAGAAAGGCUUGCUUCUGGACUUGCUCCAACGAGCAAUCGCAUUCAGAUCGUUCAAUUCGAUCAAAGCCAUCCUCAGCAAAGUUCCAUCAAUCGACCCAGAAGAUGAUUUGAACAAACGCAAUUGUCUUCACAAAGUCCUUCUCGCGACUGGACGCGCACGUGCGAAUCAAGAUGCGGGAGGGUUUCAAGAAAUCUCGAAGGCGACCACAUUCAUUAAUGCAGCGCAGCCUCCUGUUCGAGCGCCGGGAGCAUUCAAGGUCGAGGAGCGAGACCCAGAGCAGGAUCCAGGAAGAGACGUCGAAGCCGAGAAAUUGUUGAACUUCAUUCUUGACCAUCUGACCGAAGAGCAGCGGCCUGGUGUUCUUAGUAAGGAUGUCUACGGUCGUAUGCCCCUGCACUACGCUGCCCAAUAUGGUCUUGUGGUUGCCAGUCAGAUUCUCAUGAAGCACUUGCAGGAUUGGAAUCUUUUCGACAUCUCAGAGGGGAUCGAUUCUCCAACUUGGCAGGAUGAGGAAGGCUAUGCGCCGCUUCAUUUGGCUGUGAUCGCAGGCCACUUCCGAACCUCGAAGGCUUUGCUACUGGUCGACGAUUGGCACAACUUCACCGAUCACCACCUCACCAGCAAGCACGUGGAGAAGAGUGGUAUGUCUUUGGCUCUGGCCACGAAACAGAAUUUGUUCAAGAUCGUUGCGCUUCUGGUAGAUGCUGGUGUCAACGUCAACUUCCGCGACGAACAAGGCGAAACUGCGCUUCACAUCGCUGCUAGGUUCGGCCAUGAAGAGUGCACUCGCGCUCUGCUAGCCGCAACACAAGGCGAACAUCGCAUCAAUGUUGAGAUUGCCGAGAAGACCUAUGGCUGGACUCCACUCUUCAUCGCCUGCGUUAAUGGACAUUUACCGAUUGCGAAACUUCUUGUUGAUGCUGGAGCUCAGGUGAACAAGCUGGACUCGUCGCUGUGGACGGCAAAGGAACAUGCCGCAUUGCGAGGACAUAUGGAAGUCGCCAAGUAUCUCUCAGCACUCACGCCUCCACCAAGUCUCCAUCCAAGUCCAGAGUUGGCUGCGCAAGCGCAAGAGUCGGCGGCGCCUACUGUGGUCUCAUCGUUGGAAGAUCGACGUUCGAAUGGAAUGCCAAAGGAAGAGCUCAAGCCUCGUGUGCCAGAACCUGUCAAGUCCUUCGGUCAUAGAUACUUGACAGACGAAUCGAUGGUCUUGGUCAGUCUUGGAACGUUGGACGAAAACAAAGACAUCCAGCCUAUCACGCUGGAGAAUAUUGCCAUCAACGACGCCCACGCAACACAGCUCGACACAGCUUUGUCGUUGGUUGUGUCAGCUCAAGGUGCCAAUGGAGAGUCUACUGUUAUCGAUUUGCCCAUCCAGGAGGAAAUCAGCACUUCCCCCAUCACGUUCAUGACUAAGGAUCCAUCGAAAGUCAAGCUUCUGUUCGACCUGGUUCCAACGUAUGCUGGAUCUACUGAUAAGCGUAUCGCUCGCGCGGUUGCCUUGCUUUCGAGCAUCAAGCCUGGUGUGGGCAACAAACGCAUGACUUUGCAGACUGAUCUCAGCGUGCCUCUUCUCGCAGGUCCCGACUUUGAUGUGAUCGGCUCCAUCAACUUCAACUUCCUCAUCAUUACGCCGUUCAAGCACCCCAAUGUGAGCAUCAGCGGAGAGAAGACAUACUGGACCAAAUCUUCUACAAUGGUCAUCGGCCAUCGUGGUUUGGGCAAGAACAUGGCGACAAAGACUUCUCUGCAACUUGGAGAGAACACGAUCCAGUCAUUCAUCACAGCUGCUAACUUGGGUGCAUCGUACGUCGAAUUCGACGUCCAGAUGACCAAAGAUCAUGUCCCAGUCAUCUAUCACGAUUUCCUGGUUAGCGAGACUGGCGCCGACGUCCCCGUACACACCCUGACUCUCGAACAAUUUCUCGCCCUGAGUGAGACACCCAAAUCCACGCGACCCUCGACACCCUCCCAAACCGACGGCGACACCAACGGCAAAGCCCGCAAAGACGCCACCGACCGCGCCCGCCUCACACGCUCCUACUCCGUCGGCGCGCCCUCGCAAGACAAAACCAAAGACCGGCUAAAAAACACGCGCGACUUCAAAGCCAAAGGCUUCAAAGGCAACAUGCGCGGCGAAUUCAUCCAACAACCCUUCACGACGUUGGAAGAAAUGUUCAAAACGAUCCCAGAAACCGUCGGCUUCAACAUCGAGAUGAAAUACCCCAUGCUCUUCGAAUCCCUGCAGGAGGAAAUGGAUACCUACGCGGUGGAGCUCAACUCGUUCGUCGACACGGUGCUCAAAACGGUCUACGACCUGCGCGGAAGCAGGAAUAUCGUCUUCUCCUCCUUCCACCCGGACAUCUGCCUCCUGCUGACGUUCAAACAACCCUCCAUCCCCGUCCUCUUCCUCACCGACGCGGGCUGCUCGCCCGUCGGCGACAUCCGCGCCUCCUCCCUGCAGGAAGCCAUCCGCUUCGCGUCGCGCUGGAAUUUGCUCGGAAUCGUCUCCGCCGCGGAGCCUUUGGUUCUCUGCCCGCGCCUCAUCAAUGUCGUGCAGAGUUCCGAGUUGGUUUGUGUUAGUUAUGGGACGUUGAAUAAUGAUCCGCGGAAUUCGAAUUUGCAGGCAAGGGCGGGGAUUGAUGCGGUUAUUGUGGAUAGUGUGGCGAGGGUGAGGAAGGGGUUGACGGAGAGUCAGGGGCAGGUCGGGAUGGGGGAUGUGGGGGAGGGGUUGGAGAGGAAGGUUGAGGAGGUUGUGUUGUGA